ACGUCACCCUGGUAAGUCGUGAAAAUUUUUUUCCAAUUUCAAUCACCACAAGUGGCGCUGCCCUCCUGAUCAUGCUAAGGCAGUAUCCACAGCAGGCAGUAAGGCCGCAGUCCGCACUACAUCUUUAAUAUUUAAGUCUAUAACAUCAGCUGCUACUUGAACGCAACACGUGGAUAGUAUUGAGUCAUCGGUCAAUGCUGAUGAAAGAAAUUGAAGACUUGUAUAAGCGAGGUGCGAAUUGAAAACAUGUCCAACAUGCAUUAUCUUGAAGUUUAUCUGCAUUUUAUUAAUGAGCCCAAAGAACCCUGUACAGCAGUACAAGUAAAAAAUCAAGUGAAAGUUGCUGUGGCACAUCUUUUGGGAACAGAAGGUGUACAAAAAUUUGAUUUGCUCAAGUACAAUCAACAAAAAAAGAAAUUCAUUUUACGCUGUGAUUCAAAUGAUUAUGUCAAAUUGAGAGCAGCCUUAACUGUUGCAAGUUCCUUCGAAGGAGAGCCUUGCACUUUCAACGUAACAAGGGCUACACCAAAUUUAUUGUCACUUUCUGCCAAUAGUAGAACUUACCAUCACCAGCAUUCAAUUAAUGAAUGAUCGCUAAAAUUUUGAAGUCAUGUCUACUGUAAAGAAACUAGGAAAAGAUACUGUUAUAUUGGCUACUAAAGAAGAUCAUGCAGUUUCAGAACUAGAACCUCCAUCUG